AUGAAACAUCGACCGGCUAUCAAACAAUCGACUAACCAGAAACUCUUACUGAUAGGCAUAUUUGCAGAAGUCUAUCUAGUGGACGACAAAAUCAUCAGGAAAGCCCCUCGCAGUCCAAGCAGAGAAGAUGCCGAGCCCAUCUGUCGAGAGGCUGCUAUUUACUCAAUCCUGGGUGACCAUCCUCGGAUCGCUCAAUGCCUUCCGUCAGGCCACUCAGACUAUGUUGACAUCCAGUACUACCCGCGCGGGGACCUCGUGACAUACUGCCGGGGUACCAAAAUCAGCCCUGAUCUUCAAGCAAAGUGGUUCCAGCAGAUCAUCGAAGCAGUUGCUGUCAUCCACAGAUACGGCAUAAUCCACUCAGAUCUCGCAUUGCGGCAAUUUUUUGUCGAUGACGACCUCAACGUCCGUCUUGGGGAUUUCAAUUCGUCUCAGUAUCCAGGGCAUCUUGCACUGGGGUAUGAGAAAGCAUCUCACUGCCUUCCCCGAGACUAUGAAAUGCCCAACACCGUCGCUUCAGAUCUUUUUGCCCUCGGAUCGACACUCUAUGAGCUUAUAGUGGGCAGCCCUCCGUACCAAGAGCUCUAUCCUAUUGAGUCACAGGACGUCCUACAAUCGAGCGACCAUGCGGUCAUUCGAGCUCGGGUUCAACGUCAACAUCUUGCGGACGCGGAGGUUGAGGAGCGAUUCAGGAAUCAACUUUAUCCGGAUGUAUCAGGGCUUCUAGGUGGUGAAGUGAUUCUGGCAUGCUGGCGGGGAGAGUUUUCUUCAGCAGAGGAGGCACUUGCUCGAUACUCUACCUUAUGA